UAGGAGCAAUGGCGUAGAAUCACUUAAAGCAAAGUGCUUUCAGCCAAAUAUUGAAACUGAAAACAAUUUAAGGUUAAUCCUGUUUAUAUUUCAUGCCACAAAGUGAUUUUACUUCGUAAACUAAAUAAUUAACUAAUUAACGCAUAAUUUAAUAUAUCUGAGAAUGGCUGAAAUUGAUAUUUACAACAACGAAGAGCAGCUGCCACAAGAUCUUGGCGAUGAUGUCGUUCAGGAAGUUCUCAAAACUGGUACCGAUUUGCGUCAAUAUUCUAGGCAAAUCGAAAAGGAGCUGAAAGAAGUCGAGAACAAAUCAAUUCAAGAUUAUAUUAAGGAGAGUCAAAAUAUAGCCAGCUUACACAACCAAAUCGCCGCUUGUGAUACUAUUUUGGAGAAAAUGGAAUCAAUAUUGAUGAGUUUUCAAUCAGAUCUAGGCAGUAUUAGCUCAGAGAUACUUUCUCUGCAACGUAAAUCUGUUACUAUGAGUCAACAGCUUUCUAAUAGACAGGUGAUACGUGGUCCGCUUAGUCAGUUCAUUGAGGACAUGACUGUGUCUGAAACUCUGAUCGCAGGCAUAAUGGAUUGUCCUGUGACUGAGAAGGAUUUUUUAAUUCAGCUGCAAACUCUUAAUCAUAAAAUAAACUUUGUGAAAGAACAAAGUUUCAAGGAAGCAAAGUCAUGUUUCGACGUGAAGGACAUAUUGGAGAAGCUGAAAGUGAAAGCAAUGGCAAAGAUCAGGACCUAUUUGCUAGAGCAAAUUUAUAAAUUCAGAAAACCGAUGACGAAUUAUCAAGUACCGCAGAAUAACAUGUUGAAAUACAAGUUCUUCUUUGAGUUUAUUAUGGCAAAUGAAAGGAACGUAGCGGAGGAGAUCUGCGGAGAAUAUAUCGAUACCAUGAGCAAAAUAUAUUAUUCGUACUUUAAGUCUUAUUCGUCGAGGUUGAUAAAAUUGCAGUUUGAGGAGAAAGCAUCAAAGGAUGAUUUAAUGGGAGUUGAAGACACAGCAGGUAGAAGCAUGUUUCAUAAAACAACAUUAAAGCAUAAAGGUACUGUCUUUUCUAUAGACACAAGGGGUGAGGUUUUGUCCUCUCAGUUGGAAGCACCCAUAAUUGUUCCACACACUGCCUCUAAGACACGCUAUCAUUACGAAGCUUUAUUCAGAAGCGAGCAGUAUGCUUUGGUCGAUAACGCCUGCAGAGAAUAUCUAUUUCUGACUGAGUUUUUCAAAGUCCGUAAUGCACAGGCAUUAGAUAUCUUUAAUCAAGUCAUGGGAAAAACGUUGAAUCUCAUGAUUAAAAACUUGCAAUCGUUUGUUGAUGACUGUUAUGAUACGAUUGCCUUGUUCCUCUGCUGGCAUUUAGUGAUGCGUUAUCAAUUGACAUGUCACAAAAGAGCGGUACCAGCAUUGGAUAAACACUGGGAAACAUUAACAGCUAUAAUUUGGCCUAGAUUUGAAUACGUAUUUCAAUUAAACAUACAGAGUAUAAAAAUGUGUGACCCGAUAAAAUUCAAUAAGGAAACUGGCCCGCAUUAUAUUACUAGGAGAUAUGCGGAGUUUAGCGCUGCGAUGGUAAGCAUAGUCGAAGGAUUCCCCUGUGAAGGAGCGACUCAGUUGUUGGCGGAAUUGAGAGAAGCUGUGCAGUGCUUCCUAUUCAGAAUGGCGGCUAUUUUUCCAAGCAGAACGCAGCAAUUGGUAUUUCACAUCAAUAAUUGCGAUCUAGUGCUCGGUGUAUUAAUGGAAAGGACGCGAGAUCAUUCGAAAGAAGCGGAGAGCUUUCGUGACCAAUUGCACACAUGUUCCUCCGAGUUCGUCGAAGAAGUGUUAAGCCCGCACUUUGGCGGUAUAAUCCAGCUGGUAAAGGAAUCCGAGGUCCUGCUCGAUAAGGGCCAGAUCGAUGACUUGAAACGUCAAGAGGGAAAGGCGCUGGCUCUCGUACAGUCCUUCACGAACAAUUGGAAACGAGCGUUGGAAGAGAUCAACCGGGAGGUUCUGCGCUCGUUUCCUAGUCUCGUCCUCGGCGGCAUACUGGUGCAACGCGCGAUGACGCAGUUGGUACAAUACUAUAAUCGUCUCCAUAAGAUUUUGCCGCCGAAUGCGCGUACACAACUCACGAAUAUCCAUCAUAUCAUGGUGGAGAUUAAGAAGUAUAAAACGAACUAUUAGACGAUUCCGUGAGCUUAGUUUCAGUUUUCAUGGGGGCGAUUUGAAAGUGAUCUUUUCAAUAUAUUGUAUAUAUGGAACAAACCGUUGUAAUAAUUCUCUAAAUAAUUACUAUUUAUUAUAUAAAAGGAUAUCAGUUUUCCGUUUUAUCGAUAAGAGUGCCUAGAGAUACUGUGCAAUAUUCGUGUAAAUACAAUAAUAAUCGUAAAAAAUAGAUUCUGUACAUUUAUUUAUAAAAUAAUACAAACUACGAGCUAAUACUAAG